UUGUGGUUAACGUAAGCACAGUCACUUGCUAGGCGUUUCAGGGAGAGUUCGCCUAAUAACAUCGUCUUAAAAGUUGUACUUUUCUGAGUCUGAAAAAUAACUGCUAUAAUAAAAGUCUUUUAAAGACUUAGUGCUUGUCAUGCAGCGUAUUGUUAUUGUAUUACUGGGCCUGGCCAGCCUGGUGGCCGGUGGUGUUAUAUUGGAUCGUGGAAGAGUGGGUCUCACGGGCCAAGUCGGUCUAGGUUUGCAAACUAUGCAGGGUAUAUCAGGAGGUGUUGGUGGUAUGGGAAUUGGUAUUGGUUCAGGCACUGGACAAACCUUGUCCAGAGAUGAAUUAUUGCGUCAAAAAUUCAUUUUGGAUGUUUUACAUUUGGUUUAUCAGCCAUUGCAGCAGCAGGAUCUAUUGCAGUUGGAUGAUCCUAAUACCGUGGCCAAUGAGGAUCUUUACAUGCGUCCUUUAACCCGUGAAAUGCUUAUGGUUUUGGAUUUGAUACGCAACAAUCAAAUGUUGGGGAAACAAACCAUUUGUAGAAUCACAAAUGAUUUGCAUAUGCAGCAAAUGUUGGGUCUCUAUAGACUUAUGGUGAAUGCCCGUGAUUUCCAGACCUUCCAACAUUUGGUAGUCUAUGCCCGCCAAAACGUUAAUACCGAAAUGUUUGUCAAUUCCUUGAUUUUGGCUUUGGGAGAACGCAACGAUACCCAAAAUUUGAUUGUGCCUGCUUUGUAUGAAGUUUUAGCUGAAAUUUACCAACAAGAUCAGGUUAUUAAUCAAGUUAUUGAUCAAGUACAUCAAAUGGAAUCGGGAACUUCUUCAGUUAGACCUCAAUUGAUGGAUGUUAUUGGUAUGGGCCAUCAAAAUCGUUUUUUGGCCGAUCAGCAACAGCAGCAGGGUGGUUUCUUGGGUAUCUUGAAUAAAUCUCAAUUGUGGAUGCCCUGGCGCGAAUUCCAUCGGCAAUUAGCUUGGCGUAAAAUGAUGCUUGGCGGUAAGGGACCCGGUAUGAUGGGUGGUAAUGUAGUACAGCAACAGGGUCAAAUUCAACAGGACAAAUUGGAAAUUCCUCUAACUGGUAAUGGUUUGUUGAGCCAGGAUAUAGGACUUAAAGCUUAUGUCAACAUUCUUAUCGACGAACUAAUAGUAAAUCAAGAUAUUAUAAGAAACUCCCAGAACCAGCAACCUAUUGGAAUAGGUGGUAGUUUGAGAGGAAGAGGACAAAUGAAUCGUGCAGGAAAUGAUAAUAAUAUGCAUAGUAGUGCCGGCAUUUUGGGCGGUAGAGGACAAUUGAAUACCUACGGUGGAUUGGGAGGUAAUCGUAAUUAUAAUGAUGACAAUGACUACCAACAAGGCGGUAUUCUAAGUGGCAGACGUGAUAAUACUUUGGGAGGAGGAUUCGGAAGAAAUCGUGGCGAUAAUGACGACAAUGACUACCAACAAGGCGGUAUUCUAAGUGGCAGACGUGAUAAUACUCUGGGAGGAGGACAAACAAAUACCUUGGGAGGAUUCGGCAGAAAUCGUGGUGAUAACGAUGACAAUAACUACCAACAAGGCGGUGGCAGACGUGGCAAUGCUAUGGGAGAAGGUGUCAAUACUGAUCGUCUAUUAUUUAUAGGCCGUCGCCAGCGUGGUAAUGAUAUUGGUGUAAACGAUGAUUUUAAUCGCAAUAAUAUGGGAGGACGUCGAAUCGGUGUCGAUACGGAUGAAAUGCAAGGUAAUAGCGGCAGAAGACUUGGAGGUUUAGAUAUUGACUAUGAACAUGCUAUGGAUAGAAAUCGUGUUAUGGCGGGAGGAAGACGUCAAACACAAAACCAAAAUAUUUAUGAUAACGAAGACUUGCAAAUGGGAGGCGGAAGAAGAUAUCUCGGAGACUUGCAACGUAAUCAAGGACAAACCGUUGGCCGCAAUAUGCAGGAAAGAGAACAUGGCAUUAACACUGUUAGUGCCAAUGAUGCUCGUCUCUUGUUUGUAGGCAGACGACGUAAAGAUCCCAAUAAUGUGCAAACGAUUAGCGGUGGUAAUAUUCAUGACAAUGAUGAUGAUGAUAGAAUCUCUGGAGGACGUCGUGUUUCCAAGGAAGACAAAAAUGAGGAACGCCAAAACAAGAACAAGUACCGCUAUGAAGAUGAUGACAAAGACUCCCAAUACGAUAGUAGACGAGAGAACAGCGAACGUUACAUUAAUGUCAAUAGAAGAGGUAUGUUAUGGGACCAAAACCCAGAUGAUGUUUACAAUGAUUUGCCCUGGAAUAUGCAACAAGGCCGGUACGGUUUGAAUGUUAACGGUCGUAAUAAUUGGCGUCAACAGCAAAUUAUUGAUGAUGAUGUCUAUGGAAAUUUAUACGGUAAACAAGGUCAAGGUUAUGGCAUGGGUGUGGGUCGUGGUCGUAAUGAUUUUCUUAACAUUGUGAAUCGUGGUCAAAGACAACCGUUUGAUAAUGAACAGGAUUUAAUGUGGAAUCAAGGCGGUAGCUUAGAUAUGCGUUUACCCACCACCAGCAUUGAUGAUGAACGUUUAUUACACAUUAGUCGCCAUAAACUUAGCAACGUGGAAGAGGGACGUCGUGUUAGCAACGCUCAACAAGAUCUAGAUGAUGAUGACGAAUAUAUGAUCCAAACUGAUAGGCAGGGACGUAGCAGCCAAGGAAAUGUACGUGGUCAACAACAAACAAAUUAUCAAACCAACAGCUAUGAUGCAAACCGUCGUGGUAAUCAGAACAGUGAUAGCUAUCGUGGACAAAAUCGUGAAACCACUGGACGCCGCUACAGACGCAGUCUUAUCAAUCAACAGCAAAAUAUAGACAAUGUCGAGGCGGUCACUGGUAAGCUAUUGUUGUAUACCAUACAACAAUUAGUAGCACGUCUCAAUGUAGAACGUAUUGCCUUGGGACAACCUCAACUGGUAGAUAAUUCUCAAAAUAACUUGGGUCAACAAGGUCUUCUUAACCACAAUAUGGGAGGACACUUAACCAUUAGCUCCAACAAUAUACGUGAUGUUGAUGUACAUACCGUGCAAAAAAUUGAAGAAAUUCUCCAGCGUAUUGAUCAAGUUUUGGAACAAAGAAUUGGUGACAUCUCCGUUAUGAGCUACAAUCAAAAAGUCAAUGAAAUUGGUCUUUUGUUAGCCGGACAAAUUGAAGAAAUUGGUUUGGUGCAACUCUUGGGUGAGAUUCUACAACAGGGCACGGUACAGCAACAACACCGUAAAGGACAAGUAGCCAAUAUUUUGGAAAAUCAAGGAGCUCAAAUGCUAUUAGCCGGUAUAGUGAAAGUCAUCGACAAUAAGGUACAACAGGUGUAUAGAACCCGUAAGGAAUUCAUUAACACCUUAGAAGGUGUUACCAUCCAUGAUGUAGAUGUUGACCAAUUGCAAACCUAUUUGGAAUAUGCCGAAGUAGAUCUUAGCAAUUUGCUAAAGAACAAUAUGGAUCAAUCGAAGGAAGUUAUAGGUCGCGUGCCUCGUCUUAACCACAAAAACUUUAAAAUUGAAGUUGAUGUCACUUCCGAUCGCCAGCAGCAGGUGGUGGUGCGCAAUUUAUUGGUGCCCAAAGUAGAUGGUCUAGGAAACAAAAUUCCCCUACAAGAAAGACGUCAAAAUGUCAUUGUUUUGGACAUAACAACUGCUCAAUUAAAUCCCGGCCACAAUAAACUUAAACUUCGUUCCAAUGAUAUAACCUUAACCGCCCGUGAUACUACACCUCUUACCCAGAUUUAUCAACAUGUUAUGCAAGCCUUAAAUGGCAACAUCCAAUUGCCACGCAAUCUUUUGGUGGGUCAAACCAAUCGUCUGCCUCAUCGUUUGUUAUUGCCACGUGGUCGCCCUAAUGGUUUACCCAUGCAACUGAUUACUGUCAUCACUCGCGUUCAACAAAAUUCUGCUGGACUCCGUAAUCAAGGUACUUCUUCUGCUUUAGAUAUUUUGUUACUCGAUCAUUUGCCUUUGAAUUAUCCUCUGCACUGUGAUAUCACCGAUCUCGAUGGUGUUAUAAAUAUGCCCAAUCUUAUGGUCAAGGAUGUUAAAAUCUAUCAUGAUGAUAAUAUUCAAAUGCAUAACUACUAAUCGAAUAACUGAAUGAAUGCUGACGACUGUUAAUGAAAACUGAUACUAACGAUGAUGUGACUAAUAUGACUGUAAUUUUGGAUUAUGAUUAUGAUUAAUUUCCUAUAAUAUAUGUAAUUUCUUUAAUUUUAAGAAAAAAGUGUUCUUGCAAUAAAUGCUAUAAAAAAAGCA